AUGGGGCGCACCUGGGCCAGGGGCUGCACACGCAGUUCCCAGACCCCCGGCUGGUGCAGUACGACUGCGGGGCUGCACACGCAGUUCCCCGACCCCCGGCUGGUGCAGUACGACUGCGGUAAGCUGCAGGCGCUGGACGUGCUGCUGCGGCGCCUGCGCGCCGGCGGGCACCGCGUGCUGAUCUUCACGCAGAUGACGCGCAUGCUCGACGUGCUCGAGCGCUUCCUCACCUUCCACGGCCACAUCUACCUGCGCCUGGACGGCUCCACCCGCGUCGAGCAGAGACAGGCGCUGAUGGAGCGCUUCAACGCCGACAAGCGAAUCUUCUGCUUCAUCCUCUCGACGCGCUCGGGCGGCGUCGGCGUCAACCUGGCGGGCGCCGACACCGUCGUCUUCUACGACUCCGACUGGAACCCCACCAUGGACGCGCAGGCGCAGGACAGGUGUCACCGCAUCGGCCAGACCCGCGACGUCCACAUCUACAGGCUGAUCAGCGAGCGCACGGUGGAGGAGAACAUCCUCAAGAAGGCCAACCAGAAGCGGCUGCUGGGCGACAUGGCCAUCGAGGGCGGCAACUUCACCACCGCCUACUUCAAACAGCAAACCAUCCGCGAGCUGUUCGACAUGGCGCCCGAGGAGCCGGCGCGGGAGCGCGACAGCGAUGGCGACCGAGCAGGGGACAGAGGGGACAGGGACAGGGACAGGGACAGGGACAGGGACAGGGACAGGGACAGGGACAGGGACGGCGCCAACGACGACGACGACGACCCCGCGGCCACGCGCAGGACGCACAUCCUCGAGCAGGCUCUGUGCGGGGCCGAGGACCCCGAGGACAUCCGGGCGGCGUCGCAGGCGCAGGCCGAGCACGUGGCGGCGCUGGCCCCAUGUCCCCGUGUGCCAAAUGUUCUCUUUGCCCCAAAUGUCCCCAAUGUCCCCAAGCCCCUCGAUGUCUCCAACGUCCCCAACCCCUGA